UUCUCAUAAAAUAUAUAUGCAAUUAUUUAGGCUACAAAAUAAAUCCAAGAUGAAUAGAAGGCCCAUUGGACUGCCCGUUUGGACGCCCAUGUUCAUCCUCUUCUUGCUUUUCCUGGCCAGCGUGUGGGGUAAGCCUCCGCUUGUGGUGAAUCGCCAGGGUCUGCUGGAUAUGUACCAUCGUCAGGUUCAUGGAUCUGGACCCAACAAAAAGGGAAUGGAGUGUCCUGGGGAAGGAAUGCUGGAUAUCAAGCACAAUCGUUUUGAUCGCUCAAUGAGUCCAUUCAAGGCCUUUCUCUCUUGGCCUGGCAAGCCCAGAAAGACUGCGAAACUGAAGCCAGUUGAAGAGGACUCUUAUGGCCAUGAAGUGAGAUCAAAGUACAAGGCUGAGGAGCCCAUAUAUGAAAAUAAAUUGGAUCGCUAUUUGGCCCAGGAUGAUGAGCUGGACUUUGAACCGAAACUGGGACUGGAUCAUGAGUAUGCCGAUCAUUUGAGCCAGGAUGAGGAUCAGGAUAAGUUUGACAGCUUCCAACCCAGCAAAUCCAAGUUGAUAAACAGCGCCAUGAUGGAUUACAAACGAGAAUUCGCCAGUGAUGAGGCCAAUCCCUAUGUGGAGAACCUUCGACAGCGCUAUGAACCCUCGCCGUUUGCCCUUUCGGAUUAAUCCCUAUUCUGGAUUAUCCUUAUAUU